UGUGAAGACAUCACUAGAAGAGAUCCAAUCGCAACAGUUUUGAAUAUAUAGCGACCAAAAGUUGCAAAGAGUUGAUAAAUGUUGACAUAUUAUACCGUUUGUGUUGCACUCGAUAUAAACAUUGGUUCACAUCAUCCGAGUUGAUGAUGGACUCAAAGAGCGAGCAAUUCGUUAGUGAUUUGAUCCAAUUCUACCGCAAUAGAGGACAUCACAAUCCACAACCGCAACAAUUUGUCGCCCGAAUCAAUGGAAAAGUGGUUAAUUUGAAUCAAUUAUACUCUUAUGUGAUCGAAAGCGGCGGAAGUUAUAAAGUAAACCAAUUAAACCUUUGGGACGAUAUUUACUGCAAAUUAUUUAAGGCAACGAGUAGUGGUGCAAACAUUUCGGUGGCUUUACGUCAAGUUUAUUCCCGAUAUUUGUUACCCUAUGAGAAGACAUUCAGCACUAACUUCGGGAAUGACCUCUUGGACGACGACGAGGAAGAAAGCAAUUUUUCGUUCAAUUCAAGUCAUAACUACAGUCACAGCCAUUCAUUUAAUUCGUCGGUCACCACAUCGUUGCCAAUCGCCUCGUAUUCCCAUCAAUACCAGUGCCCGCAGAGUGUGUCCACAGCUAUCGCCAGUGAAACCCGAAAUCCAUUGAAUAAGUUGUUUUGUUCGCUAUUAAGUGGUUUACCAAAUGAAUUGGAUUUCGCGUUAAAAGUGUCGACAAUACUCAUUAACUCGAACCGAUUUGAGUGGACUAAUGAUUACAAAUAUAUUAAUUUGCUUUUAGAGUGCUUUAAAAACUACUGUUGUGUUUGUGAACAAAAUGACUCGUUAUGUCCCGAAACGGACGCCGAAGAGAUCGCCGAUGACUUUGAUUUAUGGACACAACAAAACAGUUGCAAUUGUUAUCAAAAGUUUUGGUUUAUGUGCUGUUCUGAUGAACAAACUCUUGAGUUAGUGUUCGGUCCGCCGGAGCCCACUAUAGAGGAGUUGUCUCAACAGGACUUUAAUAAAAUUAAGGAUAAGAUUCGACUCAUUGCAGACAUUAUCAGAAACUUGUCGUUUACUUAUGAUUGUGACAAUCAGGACAGCAUUCAGUCACCGAGUCCUGUGGCCACUCCUCGUCUCAUGAAGUUUUUACUUCUUCUAUCCAUGUCUUCGGAUAUACAGUUCAAUAGCAUAGCGUUGGACGUCAUGUCUAACAUCGCGUCGACCACUUGUGUCAUUCAUGACGAUAACGUCUAUACAGUUAUCCAACAAAUACUUCAUCGGCGGUGCGUUGAGAUAGCGAUGACCAGCAAUAAUAUCCAUUGGACGAGUCGGUGCCUCGAAAGCGUGUCACGACUCUUCUCAGCCAAUGUCGAAGAGAUUAACUCAUUCUUGGAAUCAAUUCUUCUCGACUACGAGGUAUUCACAAGAAUAACAGAACUGAUGACCUGUCAGUACGACAUCUCAUUAUUGUUAGCGAUAUUGGAGUUUUGUUUAGCACUUUCUCAGCAAAAGCCUUAUAUGUUGCUUAAAGACGAUAAUAAGCAUCUCAUCAAAAUACUGCUAACACUUCUCAACUGCGAGUCCUCUCAACACUUCACGACAACAGCACUUAAACGCAUGAAAGUAAUCGACGACAGACCGAGAGUUCAAAACAAUCAAAUGUCUGAAAACAAUUCGGUAACAGUUGGCGCACAAAGUGUUGGCAGUUCUGCGAACACCAACUCUCAAAACACGAGUACAGAUAACGAGACGUUUGCAAUGAAUUGGUUGAGACAAACCUACGAACCAAAUAUUAACCUAAACGAUAGCCAUUCGCUGAAAGCGGCCGAUCUGUACGCCGAUUACGUCAAGCAUUGUUGUCGUAAUUCGCGGCGCAAUGUAAUGGCAGCGCAACCCUUCGCCCAACUCACCAAACGAUGUUUCCCUUCAACCACUUUGACUAACAGCGGCACCACUAUUGAGGGCAUUGUGGCCAAAGCUGUGCAAAAUAGCUCUAAUCCUGUGCCCACUUCUCAACUAAUGUCACCCAUUCUUAAGGCCCAUUUGAGCGCUCCUCCAAAGAACAACUCAACGAGUCCUGUGAACACUAACUCUAAUUGUAAUAAUAAUCUAAUCAGUAAUAACUCGAGUAAUACAACCACAUCGACGACCACCACAUUGAACGCCAGUUCGCUUCCAAUUCCCACCACUAAUACUUCAACACUCAUUAAAAGUCUUUUAGCAAAUAAACUGAGAAGUAAUGCCACCGUUUCGGCCGCCACUACUUCUUUCACACCUAUUACUCCGACUAAGUCAGCAACCAAUACAUCCUUCGCAACACUUCCUCUAAUGAGACUUCACUCCCCGAUCCCCACAACAGCACCGCUUCCAACCACAACCACAACUCUAUCCAAUUUGACCACAAUUAACAACGAGAUGAACGGCGAAACGGUUGUCACUAAUUCGCCGCAACUUUCCUCAAACACUUGCACGUUCACCACGUUUACCACUUCCAUCCCUACCUAUAGUUUGUCUCAAUCCAACACAAUAUUUAGUGCUUCAAACGCCACUCUAACCGCGUCCUCCGGUCAGCCACAACAACAGCAAUUCCUAUUGGUUCGCACUAUCAUCGCAUCGCCGGGUCAACAGUCGGGCACUACUGGUUUGGCCACCACUGGAACACCCGUUCGGCUCAUAUUACCGGCGAGUAUGUUAACGCAACAACGACUUAACACUCCGGGAAUCAAUGGUAUCACAACAUCUUCUAAUGUCACAAUCAGUGCCGCCAAUAGUCUGUACGUGAAUUCGUCGACAUCGUCCGCCAUCUCCACCAACGCUUCGGAUCUAUUCUUAAAGACAGUUCUGUCCAAUUCAAACAGUGCUAACUCAGUGCCGGUGUCACCCAUCAGAAGCAAUGUUAAGUCGUCGCCACUUCUCAACGUACUGUUAGAUAAGGGAAAACUUCCGGAGUUCUCCACAUCGGCUGUGGUUAACAAUCAGAUGAACUCAUUUGGUUCGGCGAACAGCGCGACACUCGUGUCGUCACAAACGCCUAAAAUGUAUAUUUUGACGACAAAGUCUCCGCUCGCGAUGAAGAGUUUGCCCGCAAUUCAAACACAACUCAAUCAAACGACACAACAGCUGACGCCCACCGUUACUCUCUGUUCCCAACUCUCCUCACAGAACAACACGACACUCAAGUCAUGUCUUCAGACCUCUCCCAUCGUAACGUUCACACAAUCGCCAACCAAUACAACCACAACAACCAAUCAUUCCGUUGUAAACAAACAAUCGAUACCUAAGAGUUGCGUCACUCCUAUGAUCAAUGGCGAGUUGGGAUCAGCCAUUCAUACAGUCAAUAACGUAGUAAACAGUGUUAAAAGUAUUCAUACCAUCAGUAACUCUAUUAAUACGGAAUUACACGUGAAGACGAGUCCAACGAAUUGUGUGAAUGCAUUGAACUGUUUGCCAGCGACUGAUUUGUCUCCCAUUAAGGACAUGAAGAGAGCGGUCGACGACGCGACUAAACUCAUAGCUAAGCGACGCAAUGAAGAGGAGAACGACACUAUUGUGUCCAACAAGAAACUGAAGAUCAAUUCUGUGUUAACCAUUCCGUCUCCACUGUUGUCAACAAAUAGUAUACCAAAUCAUGAUUCGGUUAUUUCGGAUUCAAUUCUUAAUCCAAUCAAUAAUUGUGUUACAAAUAAUAGUUCACAACAAGUAUUAACCAAAGCCUCAAAUCUGUUGUCUAUAAGCUCUACAACGCCCUCAUCUGCCGUCACAACCAUUACUACAAUCACUUCGAGUAACAUUAAAAACAUUUCUACUAUUAAUAACAGUAAUAGUAAUAAAGACAACAAUUGUGUCAAUAAUAGUAAUAAUAAUAUAACUAUUUGUGAAUUUGAGUGUCAGUGGAAUGACUGCAAAAAAACAUUUAGUCGUCCGUCAGAAGUGUUCUUUCACGUCCACAAUCACCACAUAAUGACCACAACAUUCCCUAAUGUUAUGACAUGUCUAUGGGGUGGACCCGAAGGCACUGGACCCGGAUGUCUGUCUAAGAGACCAAAACUAUCUCUAUUGACACAUCUUUUGGACUUUCACUGCAAUCCCAAUGUUUUACAACAAGAUGCUGUCCGAAAGAAGCAGUUGUCAUCAGUGGGUACGACAGCUAUAGUGUUACCGCAACCGCCGGCACAUCCCGGUUACGCACAUAACGCCGCACUUCUUGCCAUCAGAAGGCAUGCGACCAAUUAUGUGGAAGCGCCGACUUUGCCCCCAAUAACCACUUUGACUCCUUUGACGGUUAGUAUUAGACUCACGUCUGCACUAAUACUCCGCAAUUUGGCCCUCACUUCAAAUUUCGUCAAAAGAACACUGGAAUGUUUUGAACAAUAUUUAUGUGAGUUAUGUAUGACUGAUGGAAGAGAUGAGUCGCGAACAAUAGCCCAGUGUUUGGCUGUGAUUACGGAUAAAACAUGAAAUCAAUUUUACAAAUAAUUGCACCAAAAAAUUACAUUUUUAAACUGAGUCUCAAGAGAUAUCAACAUUUUAUGAACCAAUCGUUGCAAACAAUAAGGAGAGUGUUUUACCUGAAUCUCCGUCUCAUGUCAUCUCUAUCGCCAUUUCUAUCAUAAAUUGUUAUUUAAUUUAAUUAAAAGCAAAACUUUUUUGUCAUUUUAUAAAUUAAAAAUAUAAAUAAUUGCU